AUGUCUGUGCUGAUCGUGACGAGUCUGGGGGACAUCGUGGUGGACCUGAACACCGAUCGCUGCCCUCUGACCUGCAAGAACUUUCUCAAGCUCUGCAAGUAAGCCCUUAAACCCCCUCCUCCCCUGCUACCCUUGAUUUUUUUUCUUGCAUUUGUGCUUUUCACGUCUGCAUUUGGCCUUUGUUUGUUCCUUCAUGGUGACCUCUGAAGAUCUGAGCAUGUUAAACCCAAUGGGUUUUUAUCAUCCCGGUCGUUUCCUUGUUCUGUCCUCACACUCGUCGGCACGGAGAAACCUGUUGGGGUUGUGUGUGGCCACGGAGAGAUUUGCAGAGAAGAUGUAGGGAACGAUCUCAAUUCGUUUGUCUGUUGCAAUGUCCUUGUAGAUGAUGGGGGACAUCGAGUGUGGGGAACGUCAGAAUAUCUUUAAAUAUCAAAACCAAUGUAAUGAAAGGGAUAUCCAUGCAUGUAAUCCUUUUAACCGAUAGGAUAUGUAGCACAGUUAACCAUGCUACCCCCCCUUCAAACCCAUAUGUAAAUACCAUAUCUCUUUUGCUCUCUCUGUAGAGACAUAGCCAAAGGGACCCCUAUUUCUGGGAGGUUUAACUCCCACGGAGCUCACAUGCUGGUCGUCUCUGGUAAAUUUAGUUUAUGCAACCUUGGAUUGCAAAACACUUUCCGAAUCAAGGAAAGUGACCCAUCUCGUGGUUUAUUGAAAUAGUAGUACAUGUUAUUUCUCUCCAUUUUCUAGUUAGAUGUUUUUCAUUUCAUAGUCCCAAUAUUUCUCGCUGAGUACAUGUAGUGACAUUUUUUACGUAUCCAUUUGCCCUUGGAUAUCCAGGAUUAAGUACUACAAUGGUUGUUUAUUCCACAAAGUUCAAAAAGACUUCAUUGCACAAGCUGGUGACCGUACUGGUACUGGCACUGCUGGUGAAUCAGUGUACAAGUGAGUACCUUUACAGUUUUAUGGUCUGCAGAAUCUCUUACUUUUGCUCUGAUUUGCGCAUGCCAAAUGAUAUUUUCAUUGUUUUCAUAUAUUGAUCGUCAAAUAUUGAGUGCCUUUACAGUUUUAUGGUCUGCAGAAUCUCUUACUUUCGCUCUGAUUUGAGCAUGCCAAAUGAUAUUUUCAUUGUUUUCAAAUAUUGAUCGUCAAGUGAUCUUGUAAUCUUGCAAAUGUGAUCCAUAGUUGAGGCAGGCAUCACGUGAAGUAAGGCCUGUCUGAUAUGCUGGAAGCCCCCCUCUCAGGGGAAGCUUCUUCCCAGUGCAACUGUCUCAGGAUUUUUAUUCGUUAAGACUGACAAUUAGAGAAUUUCUUUAGCAUAUCCUUUGUCGGACGGAUUAUCUAUAUUGUUGAGGACGUUCUUAUCCCUUUCAUAGUGCAGCAAACUUAUAAACGGUGGAGAGCAAGAAAUUGAGAAAAAUAAUGUUUUCUGCCGCCAUUGAACUAUUAUUGGAUAGUGGUCUCUUUUUAAUGGUGAUCAAGUAUUAUUCUCAUGAACCGUAAUUGACUCCCUGAUUUAGGUUUCUGUAUGGUGAUCAAGCUCGUUUUUUCGAUGAUGAGAUCCAUCCUGAUCUGAAGCAUUCUAAAACUGGCACCAUUGCUAUGGCAAGUGCUGGUAAGAAUUGCAAUGCAUCGCAGGUGAGUAAUGAGGUUUUUGAAGUAAGCAUGGUUUCUGAUUUUAUGUAGUGACCACCACCUGUAUCACAUAUUCAAAAUGUGAUAUCACAGUUAUGCCCAUAUAUUUUGAAACUGGCUCUGAAAAUUGGAAUAUUUUGAAACCUUCUAAUAUCCUUGAUUAUAAGUUACAUAACUAGAGCAACGAGGAUGUUUUAAAUUCUUUGUAUCCAUCGUAUGUGAAAUUUCAUCUAAAAUGGUUUAUGAUCCUCAACGUUUUUAUUACUAUUUGCAACUGAAUAUUCGUUAUAAUUUUGCAUCUCUUGAAAGUUCAAAGGAUUAAGCUGUUUAAUUAAUAAAAAUAUGCAUGAUAAUAAUGUUAACAUAUUCUUUCCAUCCACAUGUAUUUGCUUUCUCUGUUACCACCUCUCUGAUCCCAGAUCCAUUUUGCUGCUUCCAGUUUUAUUUCUCACUACGAGAUGAUCUUGACUAUCUUGAUGGGAAAAAUACGGUAUGUCCCUGGGUUCUCUUCUCGUUUAGUAUUUGAUUGUUAUGCAUAUCUUUUAAUCUAUUUAAAUACCAUGUUCCAAACCUGUUUUUCCAAAAUUUUAGGUGUUUGGUAUAGUUGAAGAACAAGAAGGCUUAGAAACAUUAGCUCGGAUUAAUGAAUCAUAUGUGGACUCCGAAGGAAGACCAUUCAAAGACAUCCGGUUUGUUCUUAUGCUGGUAUUUAUGAUUUUUUUUUCUUUUUCAUGAAACUUCAUUCAAGUUAAGAAGGCCAUUAAUUCUAAAUUAUGAAUAUACAAGGUUUUCUUAGCACUUCAUCUGCCAAAUGGAUGGAAAGAAUUUCUUAAAAACAUAUGUAACCAGGUACAAACCAGAUGAUUGAAAAGAAUUCAAUGGUUUUUGCCUCCAGUAUAUCCCAUUCAAUCUCUUUUGUUUCCAAAAGGAGGACGCUGAAUGAAAUCGUUUUAGUUCAGCGUAUGUGCCAAAAUAUGCUUCAUAAAUUUGCAGAGAACAUUCAUGCUAUGGUGGAAGAGAAAUUUGACUAAAGAGGCGUGAUAGGAGGUGGAAAACCUAGGUUUAGACGAAAUUUGAGUCAGUAGAAAUUUAGAAAUUGUGCACCAUACAAGGGAAGCAGAAAGUCACUUCCGAAAGUGUUCUCUUUCUUCUUCAUGCUUCUUGUUUCUACAUUAAUAAAUUAUUUUCUCUGGAAAAAAAAAACUUGCAACAGUAGAGUAAGCAAACGUAGGUCUACAGUGAUUCAUGUCUCUUGAAAUAUCCGUUUCUUAUGAAACUGAGAAAAAUUGACACAAAUUUUUCAAGAACAACGAAUAGCAGUUAUCUUUCAUUUGAGAUUCUCCCACCAGCCAUGCUGCCCCAGCUAAACAUCUAUCUGGUUGCAUGAUCGGAGUUUUUAUUCUUGUUAUACUCACAAGUUUUCCUUUAAGAAUGGCAGCAUACUUAUCUAAAAUAAUAAAUAAAUAAAUAAAAUAUCUGAAGUCAUACUAGCUGAACUCAAGCUUUCAUAAUUUGUUUAUUCAUAGUAAAAGUCACUAAUCUCGAAAUUCCUGAUAAAUCAAUCUAAAACUAUCUAUGAUAUUCAGUCAGGUGUAAAUUUUUCAAAGAUACCUCUCUUGUACAUUCAAAAGCAUCUUAAAAUGUGCCAUUAAACCUUUUGUCUCACCUUUUAUGAUGCAAAUAUUGCAACAGAAUUAAACAUACGUAUGUCCUGGAUGAUCCUUUUCCUGAUCCACCCCAGUUGGCUGAAUUUGUUCCUGAUAGAUCUCCCGAGGGCAAACCGGAUGAGGAAGUAAGCACAUUCCUGACCUACUUUACGGAGUUACGUAGUUGUUGUCAACAAUAACCCGUACUUAUUACAUUUCAGUAGAUAAUUUAUGAUGACACAUGGCAAUAUUAGUUAGUGCUCCUUUUUAUCAUGUUGUUUCCUACUUCGUAUUUUAUUAUGCUUUGAUCUAUUAUUGUCUAGAUUCAGAUUUUUGCUGCAAGUGAUUUCGCCACCCAUGUUCCAAUUUUGCACUUCGUCCUCUUUCCUCAAAAGAAAUGAAAAAUAUUAAAUGAGAAAAAUUAACUUAAUACUAAAAAGUGAUCUGUUAGUUGAAUAUGUUUGUAGGUGACAACAUUUUCUCUUAUACAUCAUGUAGCACUUGGAUCCGUCACUCUGUCAGGAAUCACACCAAAAGGUUUAGCAUCAAAAGCAGAAUCCUUUGAAGGGUUCUUAAUCCUCCCAGAGUCUUCAUUUUUAUCCAAUUCCAGGUAAAAUAGUCAAACGAACAUGACGCAGACCAUACAAGGAUAAUCACUCGGGGAAAAUCUCUUCUUCUCAAAUCAUAGCAAAAUUGCUAGUAAAAUGCAAUUACCCUGGCCACGAGAAAAGGAAACUACAUAGGUUAAGGAAACUGACCGACAGAAACUAACUCCUAAUUACACGUUUUCCCACAGGACAUAGUAUAUACUCUAGACUGACUGGCCAUAUAAGAGAACCAUUUAGAAAACAAUGGUGUAUAGUAUACGAUGUUUCAAAGAAUUUCAAAAACGUACAAUACAUGAUCAAGAUUGUUGUAAUGUUUAUCCAGCUGGUCCAGAGAAAUAUAGCUGGGAAGAUGAACUUGAGCCAGGCUUGUUGAAUACGACCAAUUAGGGAAAAAAUUGUGUUCUUAUUUCAUUGAUUUAUCACCUUGUAAAUGAGAGCAAAAUUGGCGGGUUUCCUUUGUUACUGUAGUAUUUAUAUGUUACUUUUUUCUUCUAAUUCACUAUGCUCGUUAUUGGCUUGCACUUUAUGGUGAUUAUUCCCACCAUAAGCAUAUGAAAAUCCUCUAGCUCCAGUUUUGCAUGGGGUUCAUGGAUUGUCAUAUCAUCACUUUAGUCUCCUCUACUUUUUCUGUUCUCUCCUUCAUAAUCUUCCUGAACCUCAAAUUUGGUCAUCAUUUAUUGGGAAGAGCCAUGCAUAACCAAAGCAAAAUAACGAUUGUCUAAAUACAUCUUACUAGCUGGCAUAUCCCUGGGCAGUGACUAUAUCUUUUCGACCUUGUAACUUCCUCUAAGCUUUUCUUGUUACCGUGGUUAGCUUUAUUUAUGUAUAUUUUUCUUAACUGGCGGAAUUACAGUUUUGAUUGACAUCUAGAAGGCCGCUCAUAAAUCCUGAAUAGUUCAAGCAUCAACGCUGAGUUCCUUUUAUUUUUUCAUGAGCGUUGCGUAUUAUAAAGAAAUACUGAUACCUCGACAUACGUCCUUAUUUUGGAAUGGAAAUAAUUUAGACGGCAGAGCCACGACUUGAAGAUGACUGGGUGCCAAUGGAUGAAACAAUAGGUGCAGCAGAACUUGAAGAGAAACUUCGUGCAAGGGAAGCACAUACUAAUGCCGCCAUUCUUGAAAGUGUAAGUUUUAUGCAAGCUUUCUCAUUUCGAAUCUAAUACUCUAACUUUAAUGAUAUUGUUUCUGAUCUGUGUAUAUAGAUCGGUGAUAUUCCCGAUGUUGAUGUAAAACCACCAGAGAAUGUCUUAUUCGUCUGUAAGCUUAAUCCAGUAACCCAAGUGAGUUAUCAUAUUGACUGGUUCAAACAUGGUUCAGUUUUUGCAUUAUCAUCCCUGAAGUAGACACUUAUGUAUUAUACUCAAAUGCAGGAUGAAGAUCUCUAUACAAUCUUUUCACGUUUUGGAAAUGUCAUAUCGUGAGUGAAACAGUGUUCCAUACAUACCAGAUGCUGGGUUGAUUUAACAUUAUCUUCUUCUUUAAUUUUUUUCUAAUAUUUUGUUUCAGCGCUGAUAUAAUUCGAGAUUGGAAGACUGGAGACAGCUUAUGCUAUGCUUUCAUUGGUGGGUGCCUUUAUGGUUAUGUAUUAACUCAUGUAGUAUCAGGAUUAAUCACCUUAUAGGAAGUUAUUGUUAUGCUUCCAUGCUAUCUAAUAAACAGCAGUCACAAAAGUGACGUCCGGUGCUAUGUUUUCUUUAGAUGUUCUAAAGAGGCUGAGUGGGAGAGAUACAAAGCUCAAUGAGGAACUUAUGCUUUGAGCAAGUUCUAUGUAGAGAGAUCAUCACGUGUAAUACAUGUUAGAAUGAUCUGGAGACCAUUUGCUGGGGAAAUCAGGUUGAGACACCCCUUGAGAGUGUACUGUAUUAUAAGAAAAUAUUCAUAUUAUUUAUGUAUUAUAUUCUAAUAUAGUUCUAUAAAUGCAGAAAGAAAAAAGCCUGAUUUCUGAGGAAAAGAAAGUCUUUUUUAUAAAUGGUAGCUUACAUGUUGAGUACAUUUCGCUGUUUUUAGAAAUAUUUCCUUAUUAUAAGUGCGUUACGUUCCCUGUUUCAGUUCGAAUGUAUGGAGUUUGUCAAAGGCCUGUUAGGAGGUUUAUGAGUACCCAGUUGCACUUCGUUGACCUUCCUCUUUGAAACAGAUUACUGCUGAUGGUCCUUUGUAUAAGCAAAGUGCAUUUUUGUUCUCUUUCUUAAAAGUCGCAUCUUCUUCUCUGUUACUAAGAGGUCCUUCUGGCUUCUUUCAGAGUUCGAGAACAAAGAGUCGUGUGAGAUGGCCUAUUUCAAGGUAUGCCUAUUUGGUUGCCACGUCCAUUAAGGCAUUUUCCUUCAGCAUAAUAUCUCCAUAUUUAGCAGUUAAUUGUUUGAAGGAUAGCGAGAAGAGAAAAAGAAAAAGAAAAAAAAAAGGGUAUGGGAGUAACUCUCAGGUUCCUCUUCUAUAUGAAUGAGAAAAGGAGAAGAGACCCAUUUAUGUAUGAAGUUUUCUUUCCAUAAUGAGAAAUAUCUCCAUGUUUAGCAGAUAAUUUAAUGGAGGAUGGGAAAAGAAAAGAAACAAGGUCGAUCAGUGAAUCCUAGCUUCCUCAGUUUCUAAGAGGAAAUAAGAGACAGACAGGUCUGGCAAUUAAGUAUGGCAUAAUUCCAUAGAUCUCAUUGUCAGCAGAUAACUGUUUGGAGGAUGUGAAGGUGUGCCAGGAAAUUUCAUCUUCUUUCCUCUUUUGGAUAAUAAAAAAGAAUAAUAUGUCAUUUGAUUUGCAUGAUUAGAAAUAUCUACAUUUGUAGCGAUUAUCUUAUCUUACCUUCCACUUAUUUUUUAUAGAAAAAAAAAGAAGAAAAACGUAUCGAUCAGGAUAUUCCUUCUUUUGCAUGAUUAGAAACAUCUCCAUGUUUUGAGGGUGGGAAAAUUAAAAGACAAAGAGGCGGUCUGUCAGAAAAAAUUAAAAAAACUUAUUAACUGUGUUUUUUUUUGCAUGAUCAUAAAAAUUUCCAUAUUUGGCAGUGAAUUCUUUGGAGAAUGGGAAAAGCAAAAGAAAAAGGCUCAGCCUGUUGAGAAAUCUUAGUUUCCUCUCUUUUAUGUCAGAAGAAGAGAAAUGGGGCUGAUUUUGUUAGCAUAUAUUUGGUUCUAUUCAAGCCAAUUGAAUCUUAUUUUUGAGCGAAUCUUAUUAGCACCCAUCGGUUAAAAAGUCAACGGGAAAUGGCGAAAAAGUAUGGCUGCUUAUCUUCGGCUUAUGAAAAAGGAAGCUGCUUUUCAUAUACUGCUAAAGUUUUCCUGAAUAUUUAUUUCUCUUAUGGGAAACCAGGGAUCCUUCUCCUGUGAAAUAGUUUGUGUUCUUGAAGCGCAGCAUGAGUGAUCCACAUUCAUGUAAGGUAAUGAUUUUAUGAUGUUUCUGAGUUGCUACAGAUGGACAACACACUAAUCGAUGACCGAAGAAUCCACGUUGACUUUAGCCAAAGUGUUUCCAAACUAUGGGCCAAGUACAGGCACGGCAAAAAGAACCAAGCAAAUGAGGGUAAUCUCGAUGGGUUGACUUUUCCUGAAGUCAAACUCGUGGACCAUGCAUGGGUUGACGCUUCCUCCUCUUAUCCAUCCACAGGCGGGGGAUGCUUCAAGUGCGGCGCCCCUGAUCACAUCGCCAAGGACUGCACUCAAGGCCCAGGCGGCCUCCAGGGAGGCCAGAAAUAUGUCCUCAAGGAUAACAAUGUUCAGCAUGGAGGGUCAGACAACCAAAGGUCUCUCUCUCUCUCUCUCUCUCUCUCUCUCUCCCUGGAUAGAAAUAUAUCAAGAUCUGUGACUAUGGAAGUUUACUUGCAGCUAUGAGAUGGUGUUUGAUGGGGAUACGUUAGAAGGUGAGGACAGAAAAGGGGACGGAACAAAGAGACAGAAGACAGAGAGACCUCACAGAGGGCAAGACAGGAGAGAAGAGCACCACCAUGACCGCAGAAGCGACAGGCAUGGCCAUGACAGAGGGAGGUCGCGCGAAGAAGAUGAGAGGGGCCGACAGAGCAGGGAGGAGGAGAAGGCGAGAGAAGACACAGAAAGGCGCGGAAGUCACAGGGAGAGCCGAAGACACGAUGACGGUCGUAGAGAGAGAAGCGUUGAGAGAGAAAGACGGCGCUGGAGGGACGACCGAGAGGAAGAAGACGGCUCCAAGGAUGGUAGAGGUCACCGGAAGGAGGCCCCGGGGAGAGAGAGCCGCCAUGGCGAGCGACCCAGGAAGGACUACGACUACGAGGAUCGGCACAUCAAGAGCAAGGAUCGAGAGGUAGCUGAUGACAGGCAGAGAAGGUCUCGAGACGAGAAAAGAAGAUGA